AUGACGGUGUUGGGCAGUUCGACCCGACAGAUACAGGUGUAUGGCCGAAAGCGGAAUACACGGAUUGUUGAUACAAAAGAGAAUGAAGCUGUUUUAUCUCAUACUGCACCACAGCGCAGCUUAUUUGCUGGUCUGGACGUGAAGUCUACAUGGAGCGCUUUGCGCGACAGCCCUAAAAAGGCAGUAUCGCACUUCACGAAACCAAAGAGCGGCACUCCGCUGCGGGACACCAAGAAUACUACGCGUAGGAAUGCGCCGUGCACGCCCAAACUGACAGUGCAAGCGCCGCAGACACAAAACCAAGCGUCUACAAAAGACUUGCCCGCGUCGCAGACACCAAACCAGGCGCCCAAAAAAGACUUGUCCGCGCCGCAAACACCAAACCAGGCGCCCACAACGGAAACACUUUUAUGCGCAUUGAAUGCGCUUUCGCUGGACGAUCAUGGAGCGCUGCAAAGUCUUUUACGUGCUGCGGACCAAGACGCUGUACAGUCUUUCUCCUUUUUUCUGCAGCGCAACGUGCACGACGCAGGCGGAAAACUGACCAAGAUUGGCGAGGCGAGCUACUCGGAAGUGUUCCAUAUUACUCGCACAAAGAAGGGCUCACUACCGCACACGUCGGUAAUGAAGGUGAUUCCGCUGGAUUGCGGCUUGUCGCACGAAAGUGUUCAUUUUUCUGCUAUCCCUGACGUGGAGCGCGAGAUCAGUGUAAGCAAAGCACUGUUGUCGUGCGCACACCAAGAAACGUGUCAAUUUGUGCGUUUGCAGCAAGCAAUCAUUGUCCAGGGCGUGUACCAACCCGAGCUGCUGGAAGCAUGGGAUUCGUUCAAGCAGGAACACGCCUUUAAAAGUGAGAAUGCGCGGCCGGAAGCGAUGACAUCAUCGCAGCUGUACGCACUGUUGCUCAUGGAAAAUGGCGGGACGGAGCUUGGGGAAAUGCGCCUGGACAACUGGGCCGAGCGUGCCGCCGUUUUUUGGCAAAUCGUCUACGCGAUUUCUGCCGCGGAGCAGGCAGCGCGGUUUGAGCACCGCGACUUGCACAUGGGCAAUGUUCUUGUUACACGCCAGGAGCCUGUGCCGCACUACGCGCCGCAGCCUACGCUAUGGGACACGUACGGCCCGAAACAUGCAUCCGUGCGUGCUACCAUCAUCGACUACACACUUGCACGCAUGGACAUGCCGGAUGGAAAAGUCCUCGCCGAUACAUUUGGCGAUGAGAUGUUGUUUGAGGGACACGGCGAUUCACAGUACGACGUCUACCGCACCAUGCGGCGCCUCGUGUCAGGCGACUGGCGCGGCUACUACCCCGGGACAAACUUGCUAUGGCUCCAUUUUAUAGUUCAGCACCUUCUUGCGGCAGAUGAGCCUCCGGAAGAGCGCGGCGAGGAGGAAAAGGCGUACACGAGCUUGCUCCUUGCUGAGCAAUUAGCGCACGACGCCGUCGAACACUUGCGCCGUACCGCGCCGCAGAAAAGCGUCUCUACGCGUUCGAAGCGCCGGUCGAUCCAGCGUGGUCCUGAUGCAUGGAAAGUGCUGCCAGACCUGUCCCGCGACCCGAUCCGGUCCGCUACCGAGUUAGCGCAGGCCACAGCGGUGCAUUGGCCGUAG